ACACCAUCAUUCUGCACGAUGAGGACUACUUUGACUUUGUGUGUCUGCUUCCUCCUGCUUCCUCUUCUCAUGGCGGAAGAACACCUUGUCAACGAGUUCUAUACUCUCCUGGAGAAGAGCCAGGGCACUUUAGUGGAGCCACCCCAGACCAACCAGAGCAGGCUGAUGGUGAAAGAACCUUCACUGGCCAUCAAUGAGCUUCUGGAGAAGAGCAGCAGGACGUCUGAGUCCAAGUUCCAUCCUCUCCCGUCUUCCGUGUGGCCAAAGCACCGCCACUUGUCCCCCGUCCUGCGCCACCACAACAAGAGUAAGAAAGGUGGCAAGAUGGUGGAAGUGAGCACUGACAAAAGUCGAGGAGAAGCGACCGGUCUGCUUCCCAAACCAGCAAACCGCACGGUCCAGAUGGGUCUCAGUCCGCCUCAGCCCACCCAGCCAGAGGACCGUCCCAACUCUAGAGCCAGAAGCGCUCCGGCUCCUGGCAGAGAGCCCCCCGGCCGACGCAUGGACCCUGAGGAGAACCGGCCAGGGAAGGCCGGCUUCUUCCAGGCGGGCAUGGCUGUGUCACCACCCCGAAACAACAGCCGGCCGGCGGUCAGCUACAACCGCCGCUCUUCAAGCCCGCUGCAGCACUUUGACAUCCUCAGACCAGAGGCGGAGGCCCCGCACGACUCCUUCUGCUUGGGCGAGUGCAGGAAGGAGAAGGAGGAGAAGGAACACCUGUGCUCCAGCCAGUUCGCCGUCAAUGGUGUGGUCCACCACCUGGAGGUUCUGCGUAGAGGAGUACGUCUCGUCACCCUGAUGGUGAGCAGCGAUGGCUUCUACAAGAGCGCUGGCCUCUACGCCGCUCCCGACUCCUUCUUCUUCAAGGUGCACCUCCUGGUCCUGGACACCUUCCACUGCAGCAAGCCCUGUCCUCACAUCACACUCGGCAGCAGAUACAUUGUGAUGGGACAAAUCUACCACCGGAGGCGCCAUCUUCCCGCCGACCUCCUGACCCUGGUGGGCGGCCGGCUGAAGGCGGGCGACGGCAUCCUGAGGAGCAACAACUACGUCAGGAGGUUCAACAAACGCAAGCACCAGAAGGUGGUGGAGGCCGCACACACCCGCUGUCCGUGAAGCCACCGUGUCGGGUGUGGCCACAAACUACUCCACCGUGGAUUGUCUUCCCUCCGCGCUUCAUGGCGGCCACAUCAAGUCCACACCAGGAUGUGACACCACAUCAAGUCCACACCAGGAUGUGACCGCCACAUCUAGUCCACACCAGGAUGUGACCGCCACAUCAAGUCCACACCAGGAUGUGACCGCCACAUCAAGUCCACACCAGGAUGUGACCGCCACAUCAAGUCCACACCAGGAUGUGACCGCCACAUCAAGUCCACACCAGGAUGUGACCGCCACAUCAAGUCCACACCAGGAUGUGACCGCCACAUCAAGUCCACACCAGGAUGUGACCGCCACAUGUAGUCCACACCAGGAUGUGACCGCCACAUCAAGUCCACACCAGGAUGUGACCGCCACAUAAAGUCCACACCAGGAUGUGACCGCCACAUCAAGUCCACACAAGGAUGUGACCGCCACAUGUAGUCCACACCAGGAUGUGACCGCCACAUCAAGUCCACACCAGGAUGUGACCGCCACAUCAAGUCCACACCAGGAUGUGACCGCCACAUCAAGUUCACACCAGGAUGUGACACCACAUCAAGUCCACACCAGGAUGUGAC